GGUAUUUCGUGAAAAGUCCGUAAAUAAAAAUCACCAUUAGGCAUCCUGUACGUGACAUGCCCUUGAUCAGUUUUAUUGCGGAAAACUUGAGCAGGGACGGGAACUGCCGCCGCUGCCUGCUAUCUAUCUAUCAAUAAUCAAUAUGGUGGAUUCCUUAAAAACGGGUGUUCCUUCUCAAUUCGCUGUUGACCGGGGAGCCACUGUAGUCGUCAUCAACCCAGGUUCUGCCAACAUAAAAAUAGGCCUCGGUAAUCAGGAUACUCCUCUAAUCGUUCCUCAUUGCAUUGCUCGUCGAACCACCGGAGUUAAUGUACCUCCUAGAAAAAAUGUCCUAGAUCAGGUGCUAAACUCUCAGGUAACUACAGCACAGCAUGUGGAGCGUGAGAGAGCUUAUGACACUAUUGCGUCCUUUCUGAAGAUCCCUUCACUAAAUGAAGAAAUUUCCAAUUCAUAUUCAAGGAAGAUGGCUCGAUUUGAUGGAUCUAACCUCCCAACUAGCAAAAAGGACCCAGCAUUCACUUGGACUGAUGUUUUUGAGAAGAAACCUGAUUUUUUUUCUACAUUGGAAACUUCAACAAACAAUGACGUCAUUCAACAGUUGUCUGAUCUCAACAAAGAUACCAAACUUAAGGAGAGUGCUACUGUGAGUGAAAGUAAAUACAGAGAGUUCAUUUGCGGUGAAGAAGCACUAAGAAUUUCACCAUGUGAGCCGUAUUGCUUGAGGAGGCCUAUUCGCAGGGGUCAUUUUAAUGUUUCUCCAUAUUAUCCUGCUCAACAGGUACUUGAAGACCUGCGUGCUAUUUGGGAGUGGAUCUUGACUGAGAAACUGCAUAUUCCUUUAAGUCAAAGAAGCUCGUAUUCUGCUGUUCUAGUUGUGCCCGAAACUUUUGACAAUCGUGAAAUUAAAGAGUUGCUGUCCAUAAUAUUGGGAGAUCUGCACUUUAACAUAGCGGUAAUUCACCAGGAAGCUCUUGCUACUGUUUUUGGCAAUGGGUUAUCAACAGCGUGUGUUGUGAAUAUUGGUGCACAGGUCACAUCAGUCAUAUGUGUUGAGGAUGGAGUUGCACUACCCGCGACAGGAAUUACGUUGUCUUUUGGUGGCGAGGAUGUAUCAAGAUGCCUACUCUGGACCCAACGACAUCACCAAACCUGGCCACCAAUUCGAACUGAUGCAGUGGCGAAACCUAUAGAUCUGUUGAUGCUUAAUCGACUAAAGGAGACCUACUGUCAGAUUAAGGAAGGCGAGACUGAUGCUAUUGUGGUAGUUCACUCAUAUGAGGAUGGCAUGUCAGCUGGAGCUCAUAAGACAAGGUUAACAGCUCUUAAUGUUCCUUCUAUGGGCUUGUUCUAUCCCAAGCUUUUGGUCCCAGAAGUAUAUCCACCACCGCCCCGCACAUGGUUUCAUGAUUAUGAGGAUAUGUUAGAAGAUACUUUGAAUGUAGAGUACCCUAGGAGACCUGAUGGGUCAGACUUGUAUUCUGGCUUCAAUGCAGGAUCUUCUAUGUGGGAAAGCUAUCCAGUCUUUACUAAUAAGCAUAAGAAGGAAGAAAAGCUUGGCCUCGCUGAAGCUAUCACAAAAAGCAUACUCUCAACUGGGCGUAUAGACCUUCAGAGAAAAUUGUUCUGUAGCAUACAACUGGGCGGUGGUGCAUCUAUAACCAAUGGUCUUGUUGCUGCAGUGGAAGAUAGGGUCUUGCAUGCAAUCCCUCCAAAUGAAGCGAUUGACACAGUUGAGGUUCUGCAAUCAAGAAAUAAUCCAACUUAUGUUUCGUGGAAAGGUGGUGUGAUUCUCGCCAUAAUUGAUUUUAGUCAUGAAGCAUGGAUAUACCGUGAAGAUUGGAUCCGUGGGGGCUUGUACAUUGGGAGUAACCGAAAGUACAGAGAUUCUUACUAUAUACAAGCUCAGCCUAUGUGCUAUAUGAGUUCCUGAGUAGUCCGUAAUUGUACACUAUUUAUUUAUUAUCCGUAAUGCUUUAGCCCGGUGUUAGUUUACUGAUGAAUGAGUCCAAAAAGGAUUAGUACCAUUCCCUGAUUCAUGUAAAUUUAACCAGUGUAAAGUUAUUCAUGUCAUCUCAACUUGAUUAUCCGGAUAGAGAGAGUAUCCUGUGUUUGUUUUUGUAAUUUCUUCUCUAAAUUCAUAAAAAUGAAACAUGCGAAAAAGGAGAAGAUGUAAGGUAGUGUGGUUUAGUUAAUGUUGUGGUUAGAUAGAUGAUGGAGUAGUACUCCGUAUAAUAUACUCCACUUAUAUACGUAGUCAAAAGUGCAACCUUUGACGACCUUUCUUUUUGUAAUUAUUCUUGUGGGAAUAUUAAUUUUAUUUAUUUCAAUUAAUUAUAUUGGAUUAGUGGAUUGCUUUGCUGGA